UAACUUGAUUUCAAGCGUCUAUAACAAAUUUUGCAAUUUUUUUAUUUGAUUAAAUUCCUGUGAAAUAUCAUAUCAAUUACAUGUAUAUUAAGUAAAGUCAUAGGUGUUAAAUAAUUCUACGUUAUGGAGCCUCCCAGUCGGUCACUAAUCAUUGUUAUAUUUUUAUUAUUAUACGUCAUAUGCGUGCUCUGUCAAAAGCCACCAACAAAUGAAGUUAUUUCAACACAGACUUCCUCUUUAAAUAUAUGCUCUGACACCAAUGCAGGAUCACCUACACCUAAGCUUAUGCAAUCAUUGCUAACAUUAGCAGCAGCAAAAGGUGUAUUGCCAGAUAUUCUUCCUGCUUUGCAGACAGUAAUACCGGAAAGUUUGCUAAAUGUAAUUGGCUCCACAGAAGAAAAUUUUCUACCUUCUGAAGCACCGGUGUUAGAGACAGCAUCUCCUAAUACAGCGGAACCAAUAACUUCAUGUAACGAUAUGUUAUCGUUACAAAAGCCAACGAAUAUGGCAAUACCGGCGUCAACUACUCCAUCCAAUUUUAUUCCAAGCUAUACCCAGACUGUUCCAUUAACAGUAACUUCAUAUAAUCCAUUUACUAUCAAUGAUAUUCAACCACAAAAUUUGGAUUUAUCACAACAAUCUGUAAAUUCAUGCUACUUCGAUGUCAAUGACGCAGAAGUCGCUGCGCCUUCUAGUAUAAAUUCUCUUCAUACAAUUACGAAUAGAGAAUAUAUUACAGAAUCAUUAGGAAUAACAAAUUUUACUGAUAUAAUUAGUGGGAUUUCAAAUGAUUAUGUUCUACCUUAUCCUGUCCAUUUACGUAUCAAUGUUUCCGUGCCAAAUGUACAAGCUCCAAGACAUAUGUUACCAACAGGACCAGAAGCUUAUAUGACUACAUAUCCAUAUAGUUAUCUUAAACCACCUCCUAUAUCACAAUUCAUUCCAGCUCCACCUAUUAUUAUUGAAACUUCAAGGUCUAGAUUUAAGGAUUGGCUUCCGGUAAUAUUAAUCGCAAUGUUAAAUAAAGGAUACGUCGAAGAUUGUUGUUGUUGUAACAAUGGCAGGUAUAUUCCCAUUCCAUAUCCAAUACCAUAUCUUGAUAAUAGUAACUAAAUUUAACUUUUUAUUAAUUAAA